CGAUGAAGAGCUGAUCGUAUCAGUGAGUCAACAGGAUAAGACAGGGAUGGAAAUAUGUGAGAUAUGAGCAGCCACAGGCCAGAGAUGUGUCACUGAUAACUGGUGUUCAGAGUGAUAUUUUAUCUGGAAUAUUCUGAUUGUCGAGGGCAUCAUGGAGUGACAAUAUGUCCCAGGGGUUUGAGGAUUUUCCAGGGAAAUCCAACAGUUGGUGCUUGCAGGGAGAUAAUUUCAUUGGCGAAGGGCAGGAGAGAGUUUAUGAUGCCGUUGGCUAAUCAGACACUCCCCUGGAAUCAGCAGAAUGUGAUUGAGAAGGUAUCCCCUGAAAUCCUGGCAGCCGAGAAUCAAGAGACAAUGAGUGCCCCAGGUGGUGUUUUUCCCGACUCCAAUUCAAACGGUCACGUUGAGUCCCACGAGAUUGAGGUGCGCGAAGUGGUACGUCAUGGCCACGAAAAAGCUGAUCCAAGUCACUUCGAGCUGCUGAAAGUGCUGGGUCAGGGUUCAUUCGGCAAAGUCUUCCUGGUUCGUAAAAUCGUUGGUAGAGACAAGGGUACACUGUACGCAAUGAAAGUCUUGAGAAAAGCCACAUUAAAAGUCCGAGAUCGAGUCAGAACAAAAAUGGAGAGAAAUAUUCUUGUUGAUGUUGAGCAUCCCUUUAUCGUUCGGCUGCACUACGCCUUCCAGACCGAGGGUAAACUCUAUCUUAUCCUGGAUUUUUUGAGAGGCGGUGAUUUAUUCUCACGAUUAUCCAAAGAGGUGAUGUUCACCGAGGAGGAUGUAAAAUUUUAUCUGGCAGAGCUGGCACUUGCCCUGGAUCACAUCCACAACUUGGGAAUAAUCUACAGAGACCUCAAGCCUGAGAAUAUUCUCCUUGAUUCCAAUGGUCACAUGUCCCUCACUGAUUUUGGCCUGAGCAAGCAGCCCCUGGACGACACAAAGACAUAUUCAUUCUGCGGUACAGUGGAGUACAUGGCUCCCGAGGUUGUCAAUCGUCAAGGCCACUCUUUUGCUGCUGACUGGUGGAGCUUUGGUGUUCUCAUGUUCGAGAUGCUGACCGGUGCCCUCCCCUUCCAGGGUGCCACUCGCAAAGAGACAAUGACCCAAAUUCUCAAAGCAAAACUUGGAAUGCCCUACAACAUAUCACCAGAGGCUCAGUCCCUCCUGCGAGUCUUCUUCAAAAGAAAUCCAGCAAAUAGACUUGGAUCAAAAGGAGUGGAUGAGAUCAAGAAUCACGCGUUCUUCGCUUCAAUCGACUGGCAGGCACUUUACCAGAAGAAGGUGAAGCCACCGUUUAAGCCUGCUGUCAGCGAGGAGGACGAUGCUUUCUACUUUGACAGUGAAUUCACCUGCAAAACUCCUAGGGACUCCCCAGGAUUGCCUCCCAGUGCCACAGCUCACGAACUCUUCCGUGGCUUUUCAUUCAUAGCUCCAGGCCUCUUGGAAGACCACUCCAAAGCACCAGACUUGAGAAAUAUCGAGAGUAUCUCACAGGUUUUUCCAACACACGUAAAUCCCGCGCCCAUCAGAGAGGAGUACGAAUUCAAAGAGGAAAUUGGUAAAGGAAGCUACAGUACGGUGUACCGAGCAGUGCACAAACCGACAAAACAGGAAUACGCGAUAAAAGUCAUUGAGAAAUCAAAAAGAGAUCCAACAGAGGAGAUUGAGAUCCUUCUGAGAUACGGUAGACACCCCCACAUCGUCACUCUGCGUUCAGUCCACGAGGACGAGCGCAGGGUGUACCUCAUUCUGGAGUUGUUAAAGGGUGGAGAACUCCUAGAUCGUCUCAUGGAGAGGAGAAACUUCACCGAGAGAGAGGCUGCAGAGGUGACAUACACGAUAGCAAGUGUCGUAAAUUAUCUUCACGAAAAUGGAGUGGUGCACAGAGACCUCAAACCCUCGAAUAUUCUCUACUCUAAGCCCGGAGGUGAUCCCACUGGUCUGUGCAUCUGUGACCUGGGUUUUGCCAAACAGCUGAGAGCUGAGAAUGGCCUCCUGAUGACACCCUGCUACACAGCUAAUUUCGUAGCACCUGAGGUGCUCAAGAGACAGGGAUACGAUGCAGCCUGUGAUAUCUGGUCACUCGGUGUUCUCCUUUAUAUAAUGCUCGCUGGUUAUACACCAUUUCCCAACAGUCCUGGUGACAGUGCCAGCGAUAUUCUCAAUCGCAUUGGACCUGGCUAUGUCGAUCUUGACACUGGAGUGUGGGGAUGUAUCUCUGGUGAUGCCAAGGAACUCGUCAGGAGAAUGCUACACAUCGAUCCUCAUAGGAGGCCUACUGCUGCUGGAAUACUCAGGAGUAACUGGAUCACCACCAGGAAUAAUCUCAGUCAGAAAGCUCUGCCUGGUGUUGGACGUGAUCCUCAUAGUCUGAAGAGUGCUGUUGCUGCAACGUAUAAAGCCAUGUCGAAUAGUCCAGGAAUGCCCCACAUCGGUCCGGUUGUUAUGUCCGAUCUGGCGAGACGACGGGUCCUGGCAAAACCCACUGGAGUAACAAAAUUGUAAACAGCAAGUAGAUAUCGGAAAUUCUCGUAAUAUAUCGCCAUUCGAUCAACAGGAUAACAUCGACCGACAGUGCCCAAAUAAUAAUGAGUGAUCCAUGUCGUCCACUGGUGCCAAUGUCAACUCGAGACUCUUAAUUUGCCAGUAUUUUAAUGAAUAAUCAGUCUCAGUUCGAUUGAUCAGUUAGUUAAGUAGACACAUUCCAAAUGUUUUUAAAUGAUCACGUAGAAAUUGAAGUAGCUGUUAUUUAAGUCCUCUAUUUACCAAAGUGACUGAGGAUUACGAAGAUUGAUGAGUAAUUAUCACUAAUUAAAUUUAAAAAAAACAGCACAAAAUGUUCAUUGAUUCGUGCAAUGUGAUGGUAUUUUUUUGAAAUCUCUUAAAAAUCAUUAGAUGUUCGAUAAAAAAGUGUUUUAUAUAGAUUAUAAGGAGAAAUAAUUGUUGUUGAUGUAUGACGGAUUUUAAGGGAGACAGAAAUUUUAUUCUAAAAAUACAAUAUUAUAUUAAUUGAAUUAUCGAUAAGAUCUUCCAGUAGUUAUUGGAUUGACGGCACUAAUUCGAUGUUGAUGAGGAAAAAUUGUCUUUCAUACACACAUACCUCGUUAGCUUCAUACACAUGGCCUUGAAUUUUUUAUGAUAUUCUGUAGCUUUUUUGGGAUAAUUGUCGAACGUUCUUAGUGUUUUGUACAUUGUCUCGGUGUCUGUCAGAAAUUUAUUGGGAGUUCUCUGGAUUGUUUAUUCAUAUUUAUCGAUGGACCUCGAGAUGGCAGGGGAAUUACGAUGAGAAUUGUUGAAUUAUAUCACCGAUACUCCCAGAAAGUACUUUUAAUCUCAUUGUCACGUCUAUUGCCAUAAUUGCAGGAAUUAUUUCAAUAUAAUAUGUUCAAACGAUCAUUUAAUAUUUCUCCGUCAGCGCUUACAAAGAUGAAUUUAUUCA